GUCCUUUCCUCUUAAAACCUCAACUCAGCAAUGGCUACCGGAGUAAGUUUUUUGCAAAAACUGUUUACAAUCCCUUUGAAUCGAGGACUUUCUUUUUAUCGAAAUGCCCUUUUCUCUUACUGUUAUACAUUAGCAAUGUAUCAAAUGCCUAAUUCACGUGAAAAAUCGUUUGUUUUUUCUAGACUUUAUACACAUACCCGGACAAUAUUAGGGCAUUCAAAAUCUUGAUUGCCGCACAAUACAGUGGAGCUAAAGUCACUGUCUCGCCGAAUUUUAAACUCGGAGAAACGAACAAGACUGCUGACUUUCUUAAAAAGUUUCCAUUAGGAAAGGUUGGUAAAGCUUUGCCUACUUCGGAGAUUAAAAUUGUACAAAUUUGUUCCAAGUUGUUUUUGUACAGAACAGUAUUUUUCUAAAAGUUCAUGUUCAUAUAUAAAUAAGUCAUGACUAUCAACAUUUUCACAAUUCGAAUGAAAUAACUGGAUCUGAGUACUAAAAUAAGAAUAUAGUAUUUGCUUGAUUGAAAAAGAAAUUGUCAGCAAAUAAUCAACCAUUGAUCUCAAUGUUACUUCAUUUAAUAAUCCCUGUGACUAUUUGUCUGGUAGCCAAUUAACUUGUUUGGCAGCAAGUCUAUUCAACUGACACCAAUAGACCACAAAAAAUAAACGAAUCCCAACCCAGCCAUAUGCUCUAACCUGCAGAGGUCAAAGAGGGUUAGAACUAGUCAGGAAAAAAGUUAAACAUGUAAGUGAAAUUGCUAAGGCUAAUAAACAACCUCCCAAAGCAGGCUCGAACUCGCAAAUUAGAACACGCAGUCACAUGCCUAACCUUCUGAGCUGCUGUUCUUGAGCUUGCCGAAAUCCUUCGUAAUUUUUUUUUUAUAUCACUUGCAUGUUAUAUAGAGACUGCCUGUCAUUUAAACCAAACACUUCCAUUUCCUUCAUAGGUUCCUGCUUUCGAAGGAUCCGAUGGUACCAGUAUUUUCGAAAGCAAUGCCAUUUCAUACUAUGGUAUGUAUGAAACGUUGGCAUAUUGCUGCUCAUUAUCACUUCCGCUUAUCACAAAUAUGUUUUUUAUUUUUGCUAAAUCUUUUUGUAAAUCUUGUCACAGUUGCAAAUGCUCAGUUGAGGGGAAAUAAUGAUAAAGAUGCAGCAUUAAUCCAGCAGUUCAUUAAUUUUGCCGACAAUGAAAUUUUGCCUUCCGCUGCAACGUGGGUUUUCCCUACAUAUGGAAUAAUGCAAUACAACAAACAGGUAGGUUUGACAAAUUACCUUUGUUUCAAUGGUGUUAUUAUCAGUGUGACUGCCUUUCACCUCUUAAAGUGAUAUUACAUAGGACAACUUGCAACAACAACUGGUUCUGUAACAAUUUGCAUUGUAAGUUGUUGUUAAAAGUUGCCCUGGACUAUUUCCAGAGUGUUGUCUUCUCACACACAGUGAGGAGUUGCACCACUUACUUGCAUUCAAUUUCAUCCUGCCCGAGUGGUACAUAAGAAACCCUUUCCACUUUCUUCAUGCUCAAGCCACUGAAAAAUGCUAUUCUUUUAAGGCCACCGAUAAAGCCAUGGAUGAAAUCAAGAAAUGCUUAGCCUACCUUAAUGAUCACCUCUUGACAAAGACAUAUCUUGUUGUAGAACAAAUCACCCUUGCAGAUAUCACAGUUGCAUGUAACUUGCUUAUGCUUUACAAACAGGUAUGGCUAAAAUGGAUAUAGCUUCUCUUCUGUGUUUUCCUCACCAUUGAUAAGCACUGUUAUGUUUAUUAGGGUUUCUAAGAAGACAUUUACAGUAGAAAUUUACUAAGCUCUCUAAGAAUUUUAUCAUUUCAGGUGUUAGAGCCAGCAUUCCGAGCACCUUAUGGUAACGUAAACAGAUGGUUUACUACCGUUAUUAAUCAACCACAAUUCAAAAAUGUUGUCGGAACUGUUCAACUCUGUGAGAAAAUGGCAAAAUUCGAUGGUAAAUAGUCAUUCCUCCAUAAUAAGGUCCUCUCAUUUUCCUGUCAUCUUGCUUUCUGCUGCCAAAAUAAAUGUCAAAUUUGGCAAAACAAAUUGAUUCGACUGUCAUUGCCACAAUGAUUAAAAUAAUAGAGUAGUGGCCUGAAAUUACAUUGAACAAAAUGUAAUGGUGAUGACUAUUGCUCCUUAUGAGUGGCUUUUACAGCUUUCACCUUGUCAGUGUUAGCAAAAACUGAAUGAAGCUAUACUUAUAUUGGGUUGCUCUAUGAUCUAUCAGUUCUAAGCUGUUCUUACUAGAGGUCCAGUAAGGGUUGUCCUUUAUUAGUAACAUUUCCCUACAAGAGGUAAUCAGAGUACCCAAAGAAAACCUGCUCUGAUUGGUUGAAUCAAACUGGAAACGCUAAUUCCCACAGCUGUAUGCUGGAGUGGAACUCUGUCGCACUGUGCAGGGCGUUUUUGUCAACACAGACGUCAGAUUGCAGAGGGGGACUGGACUAUGAUGCAAAAUGCCGCCAAAAUUAGUUAUACCAAUUUUGGGGUGGCGUCCAUGUUGAAAAAAAUGCGACUUGCUUAAGCUAACUAAUAUUAUUUAGUGUGCCAGCAAGGGAUAUUAUGCUUAACCUCGGAUUGUGCCUGCAAAUAGGUUUUGAGAGCUAAAUAUUAAAAUAUCUGAAUGUUAACAAGAUCUUGUAAUGUUCAAAUUCAAGCCAUUUUUCCUUGCGAUUAUCUAGCUGCAAAAUUCGCUCAGUUGAACCCAAAGAAACAAAAAGAAACCAAACCGGCAAAAGAACAGAAAAAGAAAGAAACACCAAAGAAAGAAAAGCCAAAGAAAGAAAAGAAAGUAAAGGAGGAAGACGAGGAUGAUGAUAUUCCAAAGGAACCAAAGAAGAAUCCACUUGCGGGUCUACCUCAAACGUAAAUGUUGAAAAGUUUUUAAAAUUAUUCCUGAUUAAGGCUGACCCUUUUCUGGAAGCACUUUCCUGAUGUACUUUCUUGAAUGUUUUUGCAAAUUUCAGAAGUUAUUUCCAAAACACAGACCAGUUGCAUUAAUGAUUUUUCAACGGUUGCAAAAGUGUUCUAAAAGCUAUAAAACUCGCACUUAAAUAAAAAAAAUUAUAAAUACUAAAGUCUUAUCAUGGUUACACCAUGCAAUCAACAGAUAAUUUUAAGGUAUAAAAGGCUUUGAGAAAUAAUUAAAUGUGGUUUUUCCCACCAAAAACCUCAUAUUUAUUGUCAAUGCAAACGUGCAAAUAACUUAUUCAACCACUAGUUUCAAAACAACAUUUAAUCUUCAAUAACUAUAUAUAUAUAUUCUAAACUUACAGGACGUUCGAUUUUGAUGCAUUCAAGCGGGAGUACUCUAACAAGGACACAAUCACCGAAGCCAUUCCAUACUUUUGGAAACAUUUUGAUAAAGAAAACUGCUCACUUUGGUUUUGUGAAUACAAGUACGCAGACGAGCUUAAAAGAAUUUUCAUGUCCUGUAAUCUUGUUGGUGGAAUGUUACAAAGAAUUGAAGGUUUACGUAAAGUCGCAUUUGGAUCUAUGAUCAUAUUCGGGGAAGAUAAUAAUAGCUCAAUUUCUGGAGUAUGGGUGUUCAAAGGACAAACACUCGGCUUUGAGGUAAGUAAAGGCGAUUUUACACAGAUUUUUAGCAACGAUUCGCAAUGCAAAUGAAGUUACAAGAUUGGUAUAGGACAGCCCCAUUGCGUUGCGAAUCGUCGUUAUUAUAAAUUUUUGGUAUGAGGAUUGAAUAUGGAGAUUGUCAAAACAAUGAAGACAAUGUAACAUUCGAAUCACUGGAUCGUGAGUGAAUGGGAAAGAUACAGUAUUAUAAUAGACUGUCUUGUUUUUCUCUAGUUAUCAGAAGAUUUUCAAGUCGACUCGCCAUCUUAUGAUUUCAAGAGACUGGACCCGGACAACGAGGAUGACCGUAAACUGUUCAAUGCGUACUUAGCUUGGGAGGGGGAUUUCGGUAGCAAAGAAGUCAAUCAAGGCAAAAUUUUCAAAUAAAUAAGACCAUGACUCACGAGGAUAGAACUGUGUCAAAAGAUUUAAUCUGUAGACUUUAAACACCAAAUAAAGAAUUA